CUUUCCCUCUCACGUGUCGCCCUUCCCAAACCCUAACCGAUUCCCCCCCUUCCCACCCUUUCCGGUUGUCCGUCCCCUCCUAUAGGACACCGCCACACCGGAUCCAACCCACGCUGUACGUUUUCAUACACACACAAACAACAACCACGUAACACAAUCCACUGCCCCAACAACAACGACAACUGCUUCAGAGGUAGUAGAGGCUGUAGACCGACGACGAAGACAGUCGGACAUCUCAACCAAAAAGAGUCUCUCCAGGCCGUGCGUGCGUGGAUUCUGGGCCGCACAGAUUUGCCUCUCAGGUUCUCGACCCUUAAAUUCUUCUCACCCUUGGCCUUCCACCUCAUCCUCUCCAAGCGCCAGGACAGCAGGUGCUUCAUAGAUAUUACUACGGAUAGAAGUGAUCUAGUCAUAAACUGUAGAACUUGAAGGGGAUUUCUGAAACAACUCAAUGGGGACAGGGGAAGAGAGCACACCUCCUAAGCCUUCCAAACCAGCUUCUUCAACUCAGGAAAUACCAACAACACAUUCUUAUCCUGAUUGGUCAAGCUCUAUGCAGGCUUAUUAUGGUCCUGGAGCUACACCUCCAUUUUUUGCUUCAACUGUUGCUUCUCCAACUCCCCACCCAUAUCUGUGGGGAAGCCAGCACCCAUUGAUCCCACCGUAUGGGACACCAGUUCCAUACCCAGCUAUAUAUCCUCCAGGGGGGGUUUAUGCUCAUCCUAAUAUGACCAUGACCCCAAACCCAGUAACAAACAAUGCAGAGUUGGAAGGGAAGGGCCCUGAUGGAAAGGACCGAGCGUCUGCUAAAAAAUCCAAGGGAACUUCUGUAAGUUUAGGCAAGGCUGGAGAGAGUGCAAAAGCCGCUUCAGGUUCAGGAAAUGAUGGCGCUUCACAAAGUGAUGAAAGUGGUACUGAGGGUACAUCAGAUGCAAGCGAUGAGAAUAAUGACCAACAGGAUUUUGCUGGAAGUAAGAAGGGAAGUUUUCACAAGAUGCUUGCAGAUGGAGCCAAUGCUCAGAGUAACACUACUGGGGUCGCCAUUGGUCAAGCUUCAGUGCCUGGGAAGCCUGUCUCUAUGCCUGCUACUAAUUUGAAUAUUGGAAUGGACUUAUGGAAUGCGUCUGCAGGUGGUUCUGGAGCUGCAAAAGUGAGACAAAAUCCAUCUGGUGCCUCAUCGACACUUGUCAUUGGUGAAGGCGUAAUGCCUGAGCAGUGGGUACAGCAGGAUGAACGUGAGCUGAAAAGACAGAAGAGGAAGCAAUCUAAUAGGGAGUCAGCUAGGAGGUCAAGAUUACGCAAACAGGCUGAGUGUGAAGAACUACAAGGAAGGGUGGAAAAUUUGAACAACGAGAAUCGCACUCUUAAAGAUGAGCUACAGAGGCUUUCAGAGGAAUGUGGAAAGCUUACAUCCGAAAAUAGUUCCAUCAAGGAAGAAUUGACACGACUGUGUGGACCAGAUGCAGUUGCUAAGCUCGAACAGAACAUCCCCACGCCAGUUCUUCAGUCACAUAGUGGUGAUGGCAACAGUUAACAACAUUGAAAUCCUCCAACGACAGAUAACUUUGCAGUCAGAACAAAAGUUAAUUCAACUCUAGGAAGUAAUGGUAUUGGGCUCUAAUUGAGCACAAAACAUUUAUUUUCCUUACUAAUCUAUAGCCUUAACCCUUUCAAACUGUAACUUUUAUGAGCUUUAACCGAGUUGGAACAUCGAUGAAUCAUCUAUAUUGUAUUUGAUCAACCGGGAAAAAGAUUGUAUAGGAGAAUACUUAGGCAACUGUUGAGAUAUGGAGUGCAAUCGCAAUGGAUAUUGUAGGGACUUCCCACUUAGUUGCUGCUCGUCAGCAUUUGCCACUCUCUUCCCAUAUAUGUAUACUUGAUAGUUAUCAAUACGACACGUCCGUAUGGCAGCUCUACUGUGGAAGACAAAAAAGUGUAAAAAAACAAAUUGUAUUUUUCUUUUAUUUUGGCAAUUUGCUAAUAUUUCGGAUAACAAAUUUGCCAAUAGUUCAAGCAGUUGAGGAGAUACUUAUGCUGCAACUUUGAUGUUCAAAAACAGAAACUACACGUUUGGUUAGGCAAAUCAAUGUCUGGUCUGACACUCAGAACACUGAGGCUAAACCAGUGGACCAAGACAAAUUCCUAGCAAAAAGGGUACUCAAAUUGAUGAGGAUUCCAGUGGCCGCAUUUCCAUUUUAUUUUUUUUCCUGGGCGGCAACUUCCAGCUGCCGGAAUAUAUACCCGGAUGGAAGCCACAGCUAUAUCAUUUUUUAUGAAUAAUAUUAAAAAUUCACUACUUCAAAGACAAAUAUAAAGAGAAAUACAAAUGGGUCAAAACCACUCAAAAUCAUGGCACGCCGACCAAGAUAAGGGCUGACAGGUGAUUCUGCAACCGAUGUCAAGACUAUGAAUCCUUAUUCUUGGGUUAGGCUAGAUGGCGUGGGAUUCGUGACGGUAAGCAAGAGGAGAGAGAAGGACUUUCACGAGAGGAGAGGGGGGAGUCUAGACGGGAGCAGGGGAGCUCUCACCGACUCACCGUUAUAUCACUUGGAAUAAAACAAAAUGUGAUAUCACUGAUAUUACAGGGAGACACAAGUAGAUUGCAUUUACCAUAACGGUUCCGUGAACGAACAAAGGUUAUACACAAGCCUCUUCUUGUUUUUGGCAGCUAUUUCUUGGAAAAGAUUUUACAGAAAUGUGAUGCCAGCUAUAAGCUAGACUUACUAUAUU